GGAGGACGAAAAGGACUGUGGGAAAUAUAAUACCGAGAUGACAUCAUCUGUUCGCGACAGAACAAAAGAUUGAGGCUCGUGUUUAUUUGGAGAGAAAUUAAAAGAAUGUUUGCAGCUCAUUGCGUCAAGUGUGACUGAAGAGCGCUGAGAUGGCCACACAGAGAGUCCUCCCGCAAAGCAAAGAAACUCUUCUGCAGAACUACAACAAGAGACUUAAAGAUGACAUCAGGUCAAUUCUAGACAAUUUUACGGAAAUAAUCAAAACAGCAAAGGUGGAAGAAGAGACUCAGGUUUCCAGAGCGACACAAGCUGAGCAGGACCACUAUGAAAUGCAUGUGCGAGCCGCCAACAUUGUACGUGCAGGAGAGUCUCUCAUGAAGCUGGUCUCAGACCUGAAGCAGUUCCUCAUCCUGAAUGACUUCCCCUCUGUCAAUGAGGCCAUCAGUCUCCGCAACCAGCAGCUGCGUACGCUGCAGGAAGAGUGCGACAAGAAGCUCAUCUCCCUGCGUGAUGAGAUUGCCAUUGACCUGUAUGAGCUCGAGGAAGAGUAUUACUCCUCCAGGUACAAAUAGACCAGUGUUCCCAAACGUGUGCAGUCACCUCUGCCUUCCCUUGCUUACCAAUGCCAUACAUUUGAUAUGUACAUCCUAAGAACAUAAAACGGGGUGAUUCGUGGAGCAAAAGGUAUUUUUAACUUGCACAACUGAUUAUUGGCUCCAACGGUUUUCAUUUUUCUUAAAAUAUCAUGUGCUAACUAUUGUGUUUUGCUAUUUGUUUAAUUAUGCCAUCCCAGUUUUUGUCCUCCAUACACAUAAUCAUAUCAUACCAUUGUGCCUUCAUAAGAGUGUUCAUUCUCGCAGGUAAGACUAAAUGAUGAAAGAGUACAUUCUCUUUUGAACCAGCUCAGUCAUGUAGUAAGACUCAAUUACUAAUUAGAUACUGUAGGGUUUUAUUCCACUUGUCAUAUUCAUAUCAAGCCAGACAUCAUAUCUUUUACUACUAUGCUUCUAAUAUGGCAAAUUUAUAGGAAAAUUCAUAUAUCCAUAGUGUCAUAUCCAUCCAUAUUGUAGACAUGCCAAAGACAAUAUCAAGCACUUUCAGUAUAACUGGUUUUGCACAAGAAAACGUCUCCGGUUACUAUCGUAACCUCGGUUCCCUGAGAGGCGGGAACGAGACAUGUUGAUGUUGAGUUACCGCCUCGAGAGGGAACCCAUUUGUUAUACUGUCUGAAAUGCAUGUAAAUACCCCCCCCCCACCCCAGGUGCCUCAAACGAUAAUGUUUUAGAAGAUUUUCGGGUAUUUAGUAUUAUUAGUGGUGCUGUCUGGAGUAUAUUUUUAUAGAGAUUAGUAUAGGAUAAAUCUGGAUCUUAAGGGCUAUUCAAAGAUUUUAAAUUCAAAUUUAAGCUGCCUUUGAAGCACACCAGUGGAGAGGUUAAUAGUUAUAUGAGAAGAGACAUUUUGGAAUUAUGGAAAUAAAUGUAUACAUUUUUAAUUUUUUUUUAAGAAAAAUGUACAUGUGAAUUUAAAUUUGAAAUUGGAUUGGGCACAUUGAUUUUGGAUGCCUAUAAUCAACGAUGAGCUGCAAAAUUCAAAGCACUUAAGAAUUUGUAAAAAGUAAUAUAUGGUGCUGUACAUAUAGUAAAAAUUACUUUAAAAAUCUUUAAUUAGCUUAAUGGAAGAAAUUUGUUAAGAUGAAAAUCUGUUAUUGUCGUUGAGAUUUUCACUGUAUGUUCAUAAAUGCAGUGAUUUUUUUUUUCUCUGUUGUACUAAUUGAAGUUUGUGAAAACUUUCAGAGGCAUACAUGUCACGUUCAAAAUGCAAUAUUUAUUGUUUCUUUGUGGUGACAUAUUUAGAAGACACUGUGUUGGUCACAUUAGUACCUGUUCAAAAUGUGUAAGGAUAUUUGUCAGCUUUUUCACAAACCAACUGGUCAUUUCAAAUUUCAUAAAUAAACCAGAGAGAAAUUAGAGCA